AUGGGGAAGAAGGACCGCAGGCACAAGAGCCACAAACGGAGCCGCCGCGACUCGGACAGCGAUUCGGAUGGCCGAGGGUCGGGGAAGAGACCCAGAACGGAGAAGCUGGUGAAGAAGGUCACCAGACACCUGAAAAAGCACAAAACUAACGUUCCUGGCUACAGCAAUGAAGACAACAUGUUCAACGAUCCAAACCUAACAGAAGGGUUUGUGUGGAAGAAGAAAAUCGAAAAGCAAAUCAAUGAAGGUGUGCCUUUGUCGAAUUUGAGUGCCAAAGUGGAGCGGAUACGCCACAAUGAAAGGCUGAAAGAAAUAGACAAGGUGAAGAAAGCCAGGGAGGAGCGUGAGGCGGAGCUGGCAAGACAGCAAGAAGAACUGAGCCUUGUGGAGCGCGCUCGGUAUGCUGCUGAAGCAACAGAAGCUGCUGCCAAAGAAGAAGAGUUCCUCUUUCAGCAAGCAAUGAUGAGCUGCAGAAUGAGGGUCAGAUCUGGGAGGAUGGAGCCCAUCGACUUUGUUGCCAGAAACUUGGAUCCUGAGCUUGCCAUGGCGGCUAAUCUUGCCAACGAGCCACCAUACCUUAUAUUGAACAGGCUGAACCUGGAGGAAAUGGAGAAGUUGAUGGAUAACAUCAAGCAAUUCAAGGAGAUGGAUCAGCAUGACAGUGUACAUGAAGAGUUCUGGGCCGCAAUGCAUGAGGUAGCGACACAUGAACUGACUGUGGCAACACAGCAAGACAUGAUGGACAGGGCAAAGUUGAAAGGAGAGGUCCAUGAGGGCGCUUUGAAAGCAGAAGAACUGCAUGUUGAAAGUGAAGUUCAGAGCAUGAUGGCAGGUAAGAGCUAUUCAGAGCUGUGCGACUUGGAGCAAGAGCUGCUGAAGAUGGUUGAGGGUGGUGAGGGUGGCGACCCAGAGUACUGGGAGCAUGUCCUGUCACACCUGAAAGUGCACAAGGCACGUGCCAAGCUGAGGUCCCUUCAGCAGACUUUGAUAGAGCAGCACAUGACAAAGUUGGCAGAGAUGGUCAAGAGCCAGCAGGAAGAGGAGGUGAAAGAGGCUGACGAGGCUGAACCACACAUCAUCCCAGGGACAUCUGCAGCAACGAAUGAAGACCUAGAAACGAUGGAGGCAGAGGCACAGGACCCUGUUGCAUCCCGUUGGGGAGCCUAUGUUGCAUCCACUAGCACUGCUGCUCCUGAUGCAGGGGAGCAGCUUGUGUUUGCUGACGAUGGGAGGUACUCACCUGAGCCUGUCGAUCCGGGGAGCAUUAUGGGUGAGGAAGUGGUUCCUGAGGAGGAAGAUCGGAAAAUUUUAAGGAUGCUGAGGGAACAGGUGCGUUUGAUGUAUUCGGACCAUUUCCGUCAAGCUGCAGAGGCUGCAGCUGCAGCUGCAAGCCAGAUGAGCGCAUCGGACAGUGCCUAUCAGGCCAUGAUCCUGGACCCCUCCAGGCAUCCCUCUGGUGUCCAUCCCAUGCUGAGGCACAUCACUGAAGCAGCCCCGCACGGGGACGAUCCCUUGGCGUUCAGAUCUGGAAUCGCCCCUCCUGUGGAGGAUGAGGACCCAGCGAUGCAGCGCCUGAGGGCUGAAGCCAUGAGGAGGAUGGGCGAGGACAGGGGGGACCAGCCCUUUGGUGGAGAGGUCCGCCUGGAGAGCAGGGUGUAUUGGUGGCAUGAGAAGUACCGCCCAAGGAAGCCAAAGUAUUUUAACAGGGUCCACACGGGCUACGAAUGGAACAAGUACAACCAGACGCACUACGACCACGACAACCCUCCUCCCAAGGUUGUCCAGGGCUACAAGUUCAACAUCUUCUACCCCGACCUGAUGGACAAGAGUCUUGCCCCAACAUACACUCUGGAAAAGGACACUCAGUCGAAGGAUGGGUCGACGUGCUUGUUGAGAUUCAAGGCAGGUCCCCCUUAUGAGGACAUCGCGUUCAGGAUCGUCAACAAGGACUGGGAGUACAGCCACAAGAAGGGCUUCAAGUGCACUUUUGAGCGAGGCAUCCUUCAUCUCUACUUCAACUUCAAGCGGCAAAGGUAUCGAAGAUGA